AAAAAUCGGAAGAAAAAAUCGACCCCAACCGGAUCGCAUCUCUCGCCCGGAGCCCCGUCAGCCUUUCUCUCCGUCGCUUCUUAAAGGCCGAGGGUGUGUGAAAAGGGGAGGGGAUCUUCCGAUAACGACCCUCCAAGGGUUCGUCACGACGCCUUGGGGUAGGAAGCUGGGAACUGCGACGCCAACUCGAGGAGGCGAGCAAAAGGUGGGCAGGAAUGGUCAACGAAGAGCGGAGGGGCACGGCCGCCCGGCUGUCGCAAGGCGAUCGGGCGGCCUAUUCGAUAACCAAUGCGCCGGCUCAGGCAGCGGACAACAGGAGGGGCCGUCCUAGUAGGCCGACAAGAUCGUCUCGAAGCGAACAAGCAAAUGACGAAAGCGACGAAGAGGAGGACGAUGAAGAGGACGAACGCGACGAAGACAGAGACGACAACGACAACGACUUCUCCUCCGUCUCCACCGACGACGAACCCCCCCCGAUCCACGCCUACGGCCACACCUACCACGGAAGCGGCCGCAUCCUCAUGCCCAACGACGAAUCCGAGCGCGCCCGCCUCGACAUCCAGCACAACCUCUUCAAGGCCUGCCUGGACGGCCACCUCACCCGCGCGCCCCUCGACCCGACCCGCCCGCUCGCCAUCCUCGACGUCGGCGCCGGCUCCGGCGUCUGGGCCGUCGAAAUGGCCCAGCGCUACCCGCUCGCCCGCAUCCGCGCCGUCGACCUCUCCGCCGCGCUGCUCCCCACCGCCGUGCCCCCCAAUGUGGUUUUCGAGAUUGUCGAUGCCGCGGAGCCCUGGCCUCCGGGGGAGGGCGAGGGGGAGGGGGAGGGAGACGGCGAGAAAGAGGCACGGGGGGCGAAUGACGGUGAAGGAAGCGAAGGCGAAGGCGAAGGCGGUGAGAGUGGGAGUGGUGGUGGGAGUGGUAGGGAGGGUCUCGACUUUGUCCACGUGCGGAACCUGGUCGGCGGCGGCGUGAGGGACUUCCGCGCCCUGUACGCCCAGGCGCUCCGCCACUUGCGGCCCGGGGGUCAGAUCGAGGUGGCGGAGGUGCGGCCGCGGUGGUUCCAUUUCGAGGACAGCGCGAACGACGAGGAGGACCUGGAUCGGCCGCUGUUCAGUUUUCGUCCGGAGAAGGCGUCGUCGUCUGGACGAGAGGGCGCGGGGUCCUCGGAUGCGGCGAAUGCGGCGACGACGGCGACGACGGCGAAUGCGGCGACGGCGGCGGUGGAGGCGGAGCUGGAGCGGUUGAGGCUGGAGGGGGAGGAGGCGGCGGACGAUGCCGCCCGCGCGUGUCGCGAGAUGGAGAUUUACAUCAAGCACUUCUCCGAGCAGCUGGGCGUGGACUUUGAUCCCACCCCCAAGGUCCGCAGGUGGCUGCGCGACGUCGGCUUCGAGAAGAUUGUCGAGAUGUCCGACUUGGUCCCCAUUCGGCCUGUUGGCGGGGACGAGAAGAUGAGGCGCAAGGGGGCUUUGGUUGCACAGAUGAUGGAGUAUGGAAUGGAAAACUAUACGCUGGCGCUGUUUGGCAAGGGAGGCCUACCGGAAAGUCGGGCGCGGAAUUUGCUGGAGAGGAUCCAACGCGGCGUUCGGAAUGCCUCGUUCCAAGCCUAUGUGAAGGUGUAAGUCGACCCCCCUUUCCUUCACCAAGUAUGUAUGGCUUGCUCAGGGGCUGGCUGUACAGCCUGUACUGUACUGUCCCCUCGCAUAUACUGAUCAUCUGUUGCAGCACAUUCAUCAC